UCCAGACCAAAUAGCGCUUGUUUGACGGCUGGAGCAAUCCCAUUGACAUCCUGCCCACACUCUAGGUCAUCGGCAAUAUUCCUCACCAGCCCGUACGCAUUAUUCAGGCGAUCUGGGAUUCCACCUUGUUUGAUCGGAGCACUGCCCGGGUGUACUGCUCCCCUUGAAGCUCUGGGGCGGGAAAUCUUAUGCUGUCAGUCCAAGGACCUGUAAGUGGAUGUUUAUAUGAACCUACUUGUCUCUUCUUGUCAUCCUCACUCGUCGCAAAUGUGGAUUUUCUUUUUCGGUCCAUUGGAAUGCAUGCAAUACCUGCGGUAUUAAUACAAAUGUCCGGUUUGAGCGGGAGGUAUGGCGCGGAUCACGUGGUUUGGGCUCCUUUACCGGGCUCAUCUGGUUCCCCGAGUUUGCCAACUUCUAUCACUGCAUGAUCCGGCGAAAUGACGACGUGUGGUCGAAUACUGGAGUUGGCAAAGGCACAGUGCCGCGUCUUCUCACAUAACUUUAACCCGCAACGACUGCGUUUGGGGAACAAGGUCCUUCGACAGCGCCUACGAGGUCCAGCGCUUGCAUCAUGGUAUCCCAGGAAGACAGUUGCUUUCCGAGACUUGCAGGAUACAUAUAAGCAGGUUGGGUUGACGGCGUUUGACGAGGCCGAGGACGAUAGAGAAGAAGCCAUCCAAAUUGCAAAACUGCGUGGUAAAGGACGACCUAAGAAGAAAAGGACAGCAGCCGAGUCGAGAUCUGCGAAAAAGAAGAAAUAAAUACCGUGAUGGGCCACUCCAUCCAUCUUCCUUGUGUUCCUUUGACCGUUGUGUGUCCGUAGCCUUUUGAUGGUUAUUUAUCGAUUCUGGAUUAUAACUUCAGAGUGAAACGGCUAGUUGAGACAAUAUAUCAGAACCGUAUUUACCGCCUUGGUCUAUAGGUUGCUUUUAUGUGAGGACCAAGGCGUGUGGAUACGCAACUCUAGAGAUUAAACUGUGUCAGGAAAAGUUCUACGGCUGUCAUGGAACUUUUGUAGUGUAUAUAUCUAACAUGUACAAAGCUAUAAAUCGC